CGCGGGGUUGUCCGCUUUACUAGGCUGCUGCUAUUCCGUGAUCCCAGGACCGCACACAUAUUCAAGCCAUUCCUCACUACUGCUGGCUUCCUGACGCUACGCUACAGCUAUCCACAGCCAUGGCGGAUCCGCAGGAAGAUUCGUCCAAGGGCAAAGCUCCAGAACAAGAACCCGCCGACAACAACAACAACGAUGUACCAAACCCCGCAGGUGCGGAGAAGCCUACAGACGAUAAGGAGAAGCCUUCUCUCAAAGACCAGCUUGUCGGAAAGCUUUCAUCCGGUGCACAGAAAACGAUUCCUCCUCAGAUGGUCGAUACGCUGCUGCGCAUGAACCCAGCGCUGGCUAACGAGCUCGCUGGCAUGCCCAAAGACAAAGCAGUCGAGGUGCUUCGCAACAUGGAUGUCGCCGAUCUCCUCACCGGAAUGUCGCUGGGAAAGAAGAAUCAGAAGGAUAUGGCCUCCUACAAAUUUUGGCAGACUCAACCUGUGCCCCGCUUCGAUGACCAGGGUGAUAUCGCUGAAGGGCCCAUCAAAGUGAUCAGACCUGAGGAAGUACCUAAGGAGCCAUCUGCGCUUAUUGAGGGGUUUGAAUGGGUUACGCUGGAUCUCAAUGAUGACAAGGAGGUGGCGGAGUUGUAUGAUUUGCUGUCUAAUCACUAUGUUGAAGAUGACAAUGCUAUGUUUCGCUUCAAUUACUCCCGGGCCUUCCUUAACUGGGCUUUGACUUCUCCGGGAUGGAAAAAAGAGUGGCAUGUGGGAGUUCGUGCCUCAAAAUCUGGCAAGCUGGUUGCUUCCAUCUGUGGGGUGCCUACAGACAUACGGGUUCGUGACCAGAAGAUGAAAGUUGUCGAAAUAAAUUUCCUCUGUGUGCACAAGAAGCUGCGCUCGAAACGUCUUGCACCUGUCUUGAUCAAAGAAAUCACUCGCCGGUCCUACCUGCAGGGUAUCUACCAGGCUAUCUACACCGUGGGCAUCGUGCUGCCUAAGCCUGUGACGUCAUGUCGCUACUACCACCGUCCUUUAGACUGGUUGAAGCUGUACGAAGUCGGCUUUUCUCCCUUACCUGCGGGUUCCACCAAAGCUCGCCAGAUUACCAGAAAUCACCUUCCAAACAGCACCGCUACACCAGGCCUGCGGCAAAUGAAAGAAAAGGACCUAGGUGCAGUCUUCGAUUUGCUUGAGCGCUAUCUGGGUCGAUUCAAUAUCAACCCAGCAUUCACUAAAGAGGAGAUUGACCACUGGCUACUUCAUCGGGCCGAGCGUGGUGAGCAAGUGGUUUGGUCAUACGUAGUGGAGGAUCCACAUACAAAAAAGAUAACGGACUUUGUCUCUUUCUACAGUUUGGAAUCGUCUGUUAUCAACAACCCUAAACAUAAGGAAGUCCGCGCAGCCUACCUGUACUACUAUGCAACAGAGUCUGCUUUCACUGAGAAGGAAAAGGGACUCAAAGAACGACUUCACCUACUCAUUAACGAUGCACUCAUCGAAGCUAAAAAUGCGCGGUUCGAUGUGUUCAAUGCUCUCACUCUCCAAGAUAACCCUCUCUUCCUCGAGCAAUUGAAGUUCGGCGCUGGCGACGGUCAGCUGCAUUACUAUCUAUUCAAUUACCGUACUGCUCCAGUUCCAGGCGGUGUAAAUGACAAGAAUCUCCCGGAUGUCAAGAAACGAGGUGGUAUGGGUGUUGUGCUUCUGUGAAAGGAUAUUAUCAUGUCAAAAGUUGUUGUGCAGUCUAGUGCUCUGCUCUCUGCUGAAAGGUUCCUGCGGAUAAACCAGAUUAAAAGUAUUUUCACAUAAAUAUAUUCAAACUCAGCAUGAUGGGACAAAUCAUAUCUUGGUAUACAUGUAGUAUGGUAGAUCGCUGACAGCACGUGGGGCCGCUGAGCCGCUUAUCUCCAUGGUCGUUGGCUGAUGUCACCGUCAAUCAGAUGUUCCUGA